AUGAGUUCUUCAGCCCCAUCCGCAGGAGGCAGCAAGCCUUAUCCGACAUACAAAUCCCCCUACGCCCCGAAUUAUAAGGUGGCUACGAAUAUUCGCGGAUUGACAUUCCAGACGGUGUCGAAAUUUGGUGUUAGACUGGGUGCCUAUGGUGGCAUGGCCGGUGUCUUCGCGGUAUUCUUCUUCUCGGAUAUCCCAAGAUUCAACCGCGAUGUCAUGGUGAAAUUUCCAGUUGUUGGCCGGCUUUUCGUGAAAGAGCCCCUUCCAGCGUCGGACAACGUACGUCUUACCCUUUCUAUUUCCUCGAAUUUCUUCAUGUUGUUGGCCCGAAGUCAUGUCCACGGCGAGGACGUCCGUAUUCUGCGGAACAGAUUUGACUUGGAGGCUUGA